AUGUAUAGGUCUCGAGGGACUGCUCCUCAGGGGGGCGGCAUCCUCGGCGCCUUGAAGGCGACUGAGAUGCUGGAUUCGAGGCCGACGCUCCCAGCAGAAAUUCUGGUCGCCAUAUUAGACUACCUCCCAGUGGCAGACCUGAUGCAGGUCGCUCGAGCGUCCCGACGAAUGCAGGAAAUGGUAUACGACGAUACGAGAUGGGUCACUCGAUUGAAGAGCAUGGGGUGCUGGGACGAGCAAGAGGCGAGACGCCGUUUUGAAGACGCCGUGAGGAGGAGACGAGAGGCGGCAGAACGUGCAGCGAGCGCAGCGAAUGCAACCAACAAUCAGCCAGGCGCUCCAGCAAACCACGCAGCACCGAAACCCACGAGUACGACUUUAUUCGAUGCUACAUUAGAAGAAGAGCGCCGGAAGCGCCAGUCUAUUGCACCCCCCAUCGAUGGAUUCGAGAAGAUGACUGUAGGAGCCCCUGCGCCGAAGGACCCUUUCAAAGACCCAGAAGCACUAUUAGACGUGAUCAAGAACGCCAAAAGUGUGAGAGGACACGCGAGGGAAGAGUAUGGGAAGAUUUACGGCUCAUUGGCACCUUUCUACUUUGACCUAGCAAGGGCAAAGAGCCAUACGGAUCCCAUCGUUUUCCAAGUCUUCAGAGACCCCGAGCGACAAGCCAAGAUGCUUUCGAAUCUCCAGACAUUUGCAAAGAGCGACUGGGCGCAGGGCUGGAAUCAGAGGGAGGAACGACUAAUGACCAUGACGAGCAUCUUUGAGAGCGCUGUGCUGCGGGAAUUCGAGCAGGGUUACGAGUCUUGGGAUGUCGACAACAGGAUGAAACGGUAUGCCCAUGUGCUGCACGCGCUGAACGGCGGUAAUGCUGGGACGGAGCUCUUUGUGCAAAAACACCCCAUCUUCAGCGACGAGGAAGUCUUGAGGGCGAAUUCGGUGGACUGCAUCAACCGGGCCAACCCAGACGACAUCAACCUGGAGCCGUCGCGCAUGUUCUUCGAGACCCUUCUACAGAAGAUGAACGAGCAGGCGGAGGUUAUAGAGCGGGUAUUCGCUAACCCUGACAUUGUGUUUUGGGAAUUGAUGGAAAAACUCAGGGAGGAUAUUAUCAUGGAUUACAUCACGCCGCUUUUUGACGCUGCACAUGACCGGAACUUGCAGGCGUAUCUCAGGGCUGUGGCUGGGGUUUUUGAGCAGGGCAUGCUUUUCUUCCAGUCGCUGUCAACACCAAAAGCCUUCAAAGGAAGUCUGGAAGAGAAGGCGAAAGAAAUGAUGUUGCGAGUCUUUGAGCCACAUCUUGACCUCUACCUACAAGAGGAGCUCGACUUCUUCACUCAGCACGCCGAAUCAGAGGUGGCAGAGUGGGAGAAGAAGCUGUCGGAGCAAGACGCUUCGGUCGAGUCGUUCUACAUGAGUAACUUCAACAGGCAAGCGGACAAGAAGGACUUUUUGAGUUCCUUCAAGAAGGUCGUCAUGAUGCCGGUUACUGUGUUGCCCUCUUUUGGAACCUCGGCGAAACCCGUGACGCCAAACGGCACUACUGCUCUUUCGCCAGAGCCAUCGAGGCCGCAUACGCCCAGCCUUGCCCCUGGCGCGGACGGGAGCGGACGGCUGAGUCCACUGCCCGAGAAGGCCCCGACUGAUGAACUGGCGGCCAAGGCAGCCCUCAUGGCGUCGCGCAUGGAGGGCAUCAAGACGCUUUUCAGCAUCGAAGUGGCACUUAACCUCACACACGUCGCCAAGACGAGCAUGGCGCGUGCAUCCAGCUUCAUCAAGCUGGGAGGCCAAUACGGCGAAGAGGCGCGGGAGCAAUGCGAGACCAUCUUCGUGGUGAUGCUCCGCAUCCUCGGAAACAGGCACGUCAAGCCUGGCUUCGACAAGGCCGUGGAGCACCUCUCACACUACAACCCUCGAGAAGUCAGCGACCACAACCAAUCCGGCGUGGCGCCCCUGGUGACCUUUAUCGAGCUCGUCAACGUGGGCGACCUCAUCUCGCAGAUGAUUGACGUCUUCUUCGAGCAGCAGCUCGCAGGGCCCAAAAUCGCCGACAAGAAUGACUUCCUCGACCCGUCGGGCAUCGCCAAGAAGAAGUGGGAGCAGAUGCUCGACGAAAGCGUCGCGGCGGGGCUGAACAAGGGCAUCGACGUACUCAUGGACGAGGUCGAGUACCUCCACGGCACGACGCAGCAGCCGACGGACUACAACCCGGAGGAGACGGGCGGCAUUCUCGCGGACCCGGGCCCCACGCCCACGGCGCAGCGCAUCAAGGAGCUCGUCUCGGCGCACACGCGCAUGCUGGUCGGCAGCACCGACAAGUCCAUGCUCGACGUCUUCAACGGCGAGGUCGGCCUGCGCCUCUUCACGGCCGUGUGCAAGCACCUCAAGCGCCAGCGCGUCAGCACCGAGGGCGCCAUCAAGCUCAUUGCCGACAUGAACCUCUACUUUGAGUACAUCCGCACCCUCAAGAACCAGGACCUGCUGGCGUACUUCAAGGCACUGAGAGAGCUGAGCCAGAUUUACCUCAUCGACCCGCGUCACGCAAAGGAGAUGGCCACCAUCAUUGCCGAUGGCGACCGCUUCGAGGGCGUGUUCCGCGCGGAAGAGGCCUACGAGUUUGCGCAGCGCCGGGCGGAUUGGUAUCAGGUCAGGAAGGAUGUCGAGAGGGCCAUGUACGGGAUGGAGUGCUCGCUGAUGUAG